UUUGGUUGCAGUUUAGUAUCAGUAGCUGCUAAAACUAAAGUGCCAAGCAAAUGCAGCACUUACUUAGGUCUUAGGUUUUUCGAAAUUGGCUUAUUGAUUUUAUUAUACUUCUAUCACAAUAACUCCCACUUAUAAAGAUCUUAAUAUGGAAAGUAUUGUAGACGAUCGAGAGAGCUUGAAAGAUUUCCUUGAGGAGGCAGAACUUCAACAGUAUUACGAGUUGUUCAGAGACAUUUUGAAAGUGACAAAAGUAUCUCAACUAAAGUUUGUGGCGACAGAAGAUUUAGUUCAGAUUGGUCUAUCAAAACCAGAGCAAAGAAGAUACAAAAAAAUAUACACAAAGUAUUUCCCAAAUCCAUACAUUUCUAAAAUAAAAAAACUGCUGAGCUCAAACAAAAAAAAUGAAGCGUUUCCACACGGGCACACUUCUCUCCCAAUUGAGUUCCAACCGUUCACAGAAAACAGUGUCAAAGUUCCUACGAAACACAUUAUUUCGAUUGAAGAUAUAACCAUAAAUAAAGAACUUGGAAUGGGCCAAUUCGGUGUAGUUCAACAAGGCACCUGGACGACGGGGAAUCAAAGAUUACAAGUGGCUAUAAAAUGUCUUGGGCACGAGCGGAUGACAUCAAACUCCACAGAGUUCCUGAAAGAAGCGGCUGUGAUGCAUAGCAUAGAACAUCCAAACAUUGUCAGACUUUACGGUGUUGUUCUACAUCUGGACUCUUUGAUGUUGGUAACCGAGUUGGCGCCUCUGCGGUCCCUCUUGGAGUGCCUGCGGGAGGUGUCUCUGAGGACUAACUUCCCUGUGCCGAAUCUCUGCGAGUUCGCGGAACAAAUCUGUGAUGGCAUGACUUAUUUAGAAAACAAAAGACUGAUUCAUAGGGAUUUAGCAGCCAGAAAUAUCCUGGUGUUUAGCAAGGACAGAGUAAAAAUCUCUGACUUUGGUCUUUCUCGUGCGCUGGGUGUUGGGAAGGAUUACUACCAAACAAACUACAAUGUGAAUCUCAAAUUGCCUGUCGCUUGGUGUGCGCCGGAGUGCAUCUUAUACCUGCGGUUCACGUCGGCGAGUGACGUGUGGGCGUUCGGCGUGUGCUUGUGGGAGAUGUUCACCUACGGCUUCCAGCCGUGGGCCGCCUUCUCCGGCCAGCAGAUCCUCGAGGCCAUAGACGCUCCUAAUUAUCAGAGGUUAGAGCGGCCAGAGUGUUGUCCAGAGGCGUAUUACACGACAAUGUUAGAAUGCUGGUCGCAUGAUCCAAAUGACCGACCAAAAUUCAAAGACCUAAGUCCUAAGUUGCGGGAAUUACGACCUGAACAGGUUCAAACAACAGCGGAUUUCCAGAAACUAGAAGAUGGUAGACGAACUAAUUUCCUGGAAUACAAAUCUGGACAGAUCAUUACUGUGCUGGGCAAAGAGAAUAUGACUAAGAGUUCGAUGUGGUACGGAGUUCUCCCGGGAGGCGCGUGCGGAAUGUUCGACCCUAACGUCACGAAGCCCUAUAUUAAACCAGACAAGUCAGUGUAUCAGUUGUCGGGGUCGUUGUCCCCGCAUGCGAGCCGGCGGUCGGCGCGUGCGCCGCGGUCGUCGCUGUUGCGAUCGGACGUGAAGCGGCACACGUACACCGGCAAACGGACCAUACAACGCAGUAUGAUCUCCAGUCCGCAAGGAGACGUGAAACAUACAGGACACGUGGGCCUCGACGGAGCCUACUUCGGUGACAUAUCCUUCCUGGACCCCGCCGGAUGUCCACCUCGCCAGGUAGUGACUCCGUACAAGCCGUCGGAGGACUUGGAGCAGGUGCCGCUGAUCAACCCCAACUCCCCCUCGCACCUGACCGGCGCCUGCACCACGCCUUACCCGCUGCUGAACCCGCGCGACGCCAAGACUGACUGCGAUGAAGUCGACCUAAGUUAUCCCGAAACGAGAACAAGAAGUCUGAAAAAAUUAAGUCACAGGUUAACUUCAGAGCCGACAACUAGUAAAAGUCUGCUAAAUAAGGUUAAAUGUGCCACUCUGGGUCGGUCGCACAAGACGGACAACGGACAUGGGACUGUGUCGAAAACUGACGAGGUGCACGAGUACCACGAGAUAUCCGACACUGACACGGAAAAUACACCAAACGAACAUGCGAGGGCGGAGCAUUUUGCAAUCCCCGACAGUCCUGGCAUUCCGAAAAGCUACGGAGACUUCAGUCAGAGCUUACUGGAUGAAAUAGAGUCUAUGUUCCGCAGCCUUGAUGGCCGACGUCGUGACGAAGCGGGUACUUCGGGUAAAAGCAUCGAAAAUGACAAUGCUAUGAGUUCCAGGUCCCAGACGCUGACCAAGAACGAGCGGAAGAAGGGCUACCACACUGGCACCAUGAAGCUGAUGUCCGUGCAUGAUGAGAAGACCCUGGAGACCGCCGUCGCCAUGGCCAACGAGAUCACUACCAAGUCGAUGAAUGAUCUUGAGAGUGACAACAAGCUGCCCAAUUCACCGAGUGAGCGGACUAAGUUCCACUUCAAGUUCCCGUUAGUAUCCCUACAUCAUGGAGCACCUCACGACGCUGAGAAAGAUGCCACAGGAAAACACGAGCGUCGCAACUUCAGUGAAGAAGCUAACAGUGUGCCUGAUAUUCAGUCAACAAUAACAGAAGAGAGUAAGUUAGCGUACACUAGUCUAAUCGAGCAGCCGACGCCGUCUUCGUCGCUCAUAUCGCAGAUAGCCACCAGUGCGACAGGGAUGCACAAACCUUCCACCAUCCCGAAGCCAGCGCCGCGCACCAACGAUGCGCGCGCGCACUUCCACUCCCUACAGAAACAACUCUCAUACAAAUAUAGAUCAACAAACGAGGCUAAUGAUGAAGGAAAUCAUGAAGAUUCAAAGAACGAGCUUCCUCUACCACCGAAAUCGACCAAACCCAAACUGAUAGACAAACCGAGACAUAUAAGAAAAUAUCCUCUGAAACUUUCAAACAAUUUCACUGCGACGAACAAUGAAACGCAGAAUCUCCAGAGUGCGCGACCAAUCAUAUACCAGAACACUAUUACUUGUCCAAUUAUAAAGGGGCAUCAUCAAAAUGGGCGCGAGAACAAAAUUCUCAUACAGGAUGAGAAGAAUGGCGUGGACGUUUACGAUGGGCCUGAGCCGGCGAAGGUUGAUACGAACCCUUUCAAAAACAUCUCCGGACCGAGUUCCGCGAAUCCGUUCAACUGCUACUUGGAGCCGGUGGAUUGUGAAGAUGAUACGCCGGCCACCGACACAGCAGAAGGCGACGAACAGACAUUCAAAGAAGGAACUUUAGUCAAAGAUUUCACAGACCACGUAUCGGUGGAAGACUUACUAGAGUUUGCUGAUCAGAAGCCUUGUGGUCGACAGCGCGGCGUCGAGUCCGAUGAAGUCAGAAUUAUGAGUAAAGUCCUCAAACAACAGGUUACUCCGGAAGAGUGUUUGGAAGCGCUAGAGCUGAGUGACUGGAACGUCCAUCACGCCAUCAAGGUGAUGCGGGUGAAGAUAUCCGUGGCCUCGGACGUGGCGCUCGACGCCUGCCACCGCGAACUGCUCAACUCCAAGGGAGACGUGGUCAAGGCUUCCGCGCUCCUCGUCCUCUGCAAACAACCUCAAUAAAAUAUAC